AAAAAAAAAACCUUAAAAGAUUAAAAAACAAAAAAUAUUUAUUACUAUCUCUCGCUCUCAGAUCUCCUUAAUCUUCUUCCUUCAUCCCUUUCUACACUUUUAUCUCCUCCUUCCAUGGCGGCUACUUUCGAACCCCUCUCUCUUCCUCGCCCUUCAUCUUUUCCUUCUCCUGUAUCAUCUCCUCUUUCUUCUGUAUCUUCUCUCUCCACUUCGCUCAAAUUGCCGCACUUUAGAGGUUUAAAGGCUGUCAAUGGCGUCUCAAUUCGUACUGUUAGAUCGGUGAGUUCGAGAUCGAAGAUCGUUCGUCGUUGUAGCCCUAUCGUGUCUGAGAGUUCUGAUACUUCUGUACAAUUGCCUUCUGUAACUGAAGAUACAUGGAAAUCUCUAGUGCUGGAAUCUGAUUUACCUGUUGUGGUUGAAUUCUGGGCUCCAUGGUGUGGGCCUUGUCGAAUAAUCCAACCAGUAAUUGAUGAGUUAUCCAAGGAAUUUGCUGGGAAGCUCAAGGUGUUCAAAAUUAAUACUGAUGAUUGUCCUUCAAUUGCGUCUGAUUAUGGUGUCCGUAGCAUUCCCACCGUGAUAAUCUUUAAGAAUGGUGAGAAGAAAGAAGCAAUUAUUGGGGCUGUUCCAAAAUCUACUUUAAGUAGCAGCAUAGAGAAGUUCUUGUGAAGGACAAAUUUAGAUCUUGUCUCUGCAGAUUAUCUACUUUUAGUAAUCUUUUUCUUCUUUUUUGGGCUCUUUCUCAUUUGAUGAUGGUAUAUGGCUCUAAUGUGCUGAGAUAAUAAGCCUCCUUUGGCCUUGUAUAGUUGUUACUAUCGUAGUUUGGUUGGAAAAUAAUGUAAGAAGAUUCUUUUUGUUCUUAUUUAGGUCUUAAAUAUCUAAGCGUGGCCCUUGUAGUUUCAUCUUC